AGCUAUUGGGUGUAAUCUGUUUGGAGUAGCUAUCAGCUUCACAGCUUGUGAGUUGUGUGCUCAGUGUGCUGAGGCCAGAGGCAUUGCUUGUUUCAAGCUGUUGUGGCGAGAUGAGGCAAGUAAGAAGUGACUAAGAACAGCUGCAUAGGAUUUAGGCUGACUAUUCCUAUUGCAUGUAGAACAGUAGAACUAAGGUUGGCAUUGGCUCUUGGGCUGAUUUAAGAGUCAAAUUUUUAGGCUACGGCAGGCUCCUGUUUGUUCGGCUGAUAAAUUUUUCUCAAGUAUUUUGUAUUUUUUUGGGCAAUGAUGAGGGAUGCACAAUUUUUUUUUAUUUUGUAGCACUUCAAUUUUGGUUAGGCAUGGAAUCUUUGGAGAGUUCAUCAAAACCUAUGAGUGUUUUUUAAGUAAAUACGGUGAAUCACAUUAAAAUGCUGUUGGCUGCCUUUCUAUAAUAGUAUUUUUUACUACUAGUACUAGUAACAAACACUUAUUCAGUUUACCUAUUUUAGCUAUGUCUCCAUACAGUAUACACUGGCCAAAUGAUCAAAUUAUCAAAGUGCACUUGUAAUAUUUUUUGCUUCUCAGAAUCCUUCAAGGGCUUUAGCAAAACAACUUUUUCUUCCCAAGAAAACAAAUCAAAACAACCCCAGACUAUGUGAACAGCAUCUUGCUACUUUAUUCUCUAGUGAAUAUGAAUCUAAAUUCUAAAGAAGACUCUGUGGAUGAAAAGGAUAUAUAUUGCAUACAACAUUGAUUUCACCAAUGCAUCUGAAACCAGUUCUGAAAGCAAAUUUGAAGAAGAAAAUUAAUCAAUCAUGAUUGAAAUUAACAGAACGGAAGGUGAGAUCCUGGCCUCUCAACAUGGACCCUGCCCCCUGGCCUCUAAUCCUGGACCAUGGCCUCUGCCGCCUCUCAGGCCUCAGCCUGGAGUGCCCUUGGACCAACCAGGCCUUUCAAUCUCUACCCUGCUCCUGGCCUCUCAAACUGGACCCUGGUCUCUCAGUCUCAACCUGGUUCCUAGCCUUUCAACCUGGAUGCUGGCCUCUUAAUCUUGACUGUGGCCUCUUAAUCUUGACCCUGGCCUAUUAAUCUUGACCAUGGUCCCUAGUUCAGGCUGGUUGGCCUCAUUCAGUCUGGACCCUGGCCUUUCAAGUCUCAACCUGGAGGCUGGACCCUGGACUGCAGCCUCUCAACCUGGACGGUGGACCCUGGCUUCUCAAUCUCAACCCUGGGCCCUGGUCUCUCAACCCGAGCCUUUGCUUCUCAACCUUGACUUUGGUCUCUGAACCUCUACCCUAGCUUCUCAAAAUGGACUCCAGCCUGGACCCUGGACUCUCAAGUCUCAAUCUCAACCCUGACAUCUCAAUCUCAAUCCUGACAUCUCAACCUGGAAUAUGCCCAACUAUGGAUCUGAAUGAACAAAGAUGGCAUUGUUGGGGCUCAUAGCAGACUACAGCUCAUCUGAUGAUGACCAAGAGGAAGUCACACUCCAGCAAAAAUUGAAUAGCAAGGAAAUCCCUGGCACAAAUUUCCUCAUAUCAGAGGAGGGGAUUGACAGGGAAGAGAAAAAGGUGAAAAAAUGCAAGAAAUCAAAAAAGGAGAAGUUAGUCAAUCCUGCAAAAGGCCUCCGAGAAAUAGACAAAAGUGACCUGUUACCGAGCCCAUUCACCUGCACCAACACAUCCUCUGUCUUCUACAAUCCCUUUCACCAGGAGCAAGAGGCCAAGAAGUCCAUGUUAGAGAAGCAUGUCAAACUCACCAACAAUCCCAAAGAUGUGCUUGAGAUUAACGGUCGAAAAAUAUGUUUCAAUUAUCGCAAAGGACGAUGCAAGUUCGGCCACAAUUGCAAGUAUGCACACGACUCUGACUUGAGCGUGGAGGCCAUCAAGGUUACAGAUCAGCACCGCAGUGAUGCCGACAGCUCAGCCCACUACAACAGUGCUGGCAACGCUCAACCCAUGCUAUCAUCUGAUGAAAUGGAGGCCAUCAGAAAGAGGAAACCUGGGCUUUCUGAGGGUCUUGUACCUAACAAAAAAUCGCGGAAGAAUUUCUCCACUCAGCAGCACAAAGAAGCACCUUGGCUUCACAAGAGAUAAAGUGUUUUACUACCAGAAUUCAUUCGGAUGUUUUUACGGCGCGAACGUGUUGCUCUCAUUCUUUGCAAUUUGACGUUCCUAAAGGAUAUGUGCUCACUAGCAGCUGGUGUAAGACGUCAUGCCAGAGGUGAUCUCGGCUAUCAUUAAAGGCUGCAUUGAACCCCAAAACUUAUUUUCUUUACGAAGGUAAUUUUUAUCAAGCAAAUUUAUCACAUGAACUCGCUGUUUUUGCGUAAUGCAAACAAAUAGAACGUGCACCUCAAAAAAUUCAUGUCAUAGUGCACCGUGUAGAGUACACAAUUCUUCUCACUCACUCAAGUGCCAGACCUUCUAAGCUCUGCAGGCCCCUGAGCGGCACCACUACUAUUCUAAUGGCACAUAAAAUUUGCUUUGUCUACGUCAUCUUCAAUCAACGUUAUAACCAACUACAAACGAGCAGCUUAUUAACCACUUGCGGUACCGUGUGACGAUAACCGCUGUUCGCCGCAUGAUGUAGGAGGGCCUCGAAUAAUCCUCUCCAACCAAGCACUGCCUCCUCAUGUAAUCCACUACUUCAAUGAAGGUAGUCUCACAUAUAGCAUCGAAAUGAGCUAUGAAAUGAACUCAACUUCAUCUAUUGACGGUUGACGACUACGUCUCAAAUAUGCUAGUAGCAUCACUAAAUCAAGGCAAACGAAGCCGUAUAAAUUGAGUUUUUGUCAGGGUCACUAGGUCCGUUCUCUGGUCUCGAGGUCACUCCAACAACUGCUGGAAACGUGUCUAAGCUCAACACUGAUUGAAAGAUUGCCUAACGAUUAUUUGAGGUGAUCAAUCAAUUAAAAUUGUUUUCAACGCAAGUGACCUCCUCUCCCACAUUUGCUGAACUCUUAUCCCGCUAGACGAGUGGUUGAAUUAUAAGAUAAUUUUCAUUUCUGAUGCUCUACCGCUGAGGGGGCGCAUACGUGAUGAGUAAUGUUGCCCAUGAGAAUUAUUGAAGCAAAAUUGCCCCACAAUUUCGAAAUGUAUAAUUUAAGCCCUAGC